UCAUGAGUAAGUCUUUUUAAUGUAAGUAUACUGUUUUUAAAUAUUUGCAAAUACACCCCAAGAGAGGAAAACAUUGUACUAAAUGGGGGAAAACAUAAAUAGUACUCAUCUUUUUUUGGACUGACCUGAUCGUAAUUACUCACUUCAUUAGCUUUCCAUUGCUGCUGUAGCAACUUGACCCUGAAUCUCAGUGGUUUAAAACUGCACAUAUUUCUUAUCUCACAGUUCUAGAGGUCAGAAGCCUGGCACGGGUCUGUCUCACUGGAUGAAAAUCAAGGUGUCGACAGGGCUGUGUUCCAUUUAGAAGAUUUGAGGGGGAGAAUCUGUUUCCUUGUCUUUUUGCAUUUCUAGAAACUGCCCUCACCCCUGAGGAGCACUGGAGCAUUUCUAAAUCUGACUCUUCUGCCUCCCUCUCCCACUUGCAGGGACCUCUGCGAUUACACUGGGCCCGUCUGGAUAAUCCAGGAUAAUCUCCCAUCUCAGGGGGAGCCGAUUAGCAACCUUAAUUCUGCUGCGCCAUGUGGUCUAACACAGUCACAGCUUCCAAGUGGUAGCGUGUGUGCAUCUUUGGUGGGCUCUUAUUCUGCCUGCCACAUCUACUAGAAGCCUUUAUUGGAGUGACUUUCCAUAAAUUGGUCAAUUGCAUUUUCCCUCUGAAGACAUGAGAUAGUACAAGGAAAAAAAUCCUAAAGACCCAUAGUGAAGUAGGUUAUAUUAUUUGAAUAAUUCAGACUGUGUGUUGAAAACCAAGGUAGGGAUGACAGUUUUUUCAUAUAGAAGAAUUUUAUUUUUAAAUUUCUUCCCCUACCUGGUUAACACUCUAGACCAGUUAUUUUCUCAUAGGUACAUACUAUUUUGGUAUGUCUCUAUACACAUGUGAACAUAUGUAUUUUUCUGAAAUUUCAAGUUACUAUCCUAAGAAAUAACAUGUUAGACUUGCUUUGUGCAUAUAUUUUGAAUUAAGUUUAAGAAAGCAUAUUCCUUCUAUCUAAUGUUUAUAUUGCAAAGUAGGGUUGGCAAUUUUUUAAAGCUGCUUGACUUUGGUUGUCUUUGUAGUGGACUAAAUUGGUUAGUCAGUAGAAGGGUGAAUGAGGCAGGUCCGUGUUAGCCUUGCACCCUCAGUCUGCCUUCUCCAGUAGCUAUCCAUUAGGCCAGGUGGCUGAAGCCUGAACAGCCAUUGUCAACACACGACAGGGCCCCUUAGACAAGAAAUAAGGAAACAGGUCACCUCAGGUGUGCUAAAUGCUCUUUAGCAAGUAAAACAAGAGGGUCAGGACAGUGUUACUGACAUCAGUGGGCAUCUCUGAGGAGGUGGCACUUGUGGUUGGGCUAAUGUCACAGGAGAGCUGACACUGGGUGUUUCUUGCUCACCAAGGACCCCAGUGUCCUGAAAAGGCUCAGUAAAUCCUAGCUGAAUGAAGGGAGGGGUGGGUAGAACAUGACCCCACCUUACAAGGAUGAAGUAAGUGUUCAUCACUACUGUCCUUACUGUUUUUGAGUCUCUCUCAUGCUGGGCAGCGGGCCUCAGGGCUUCCUUGACAAGCUCCUAAGUGAGAUGUUAUUACCCCAGGUUGUGGAAGAGGCAGCUGGGCUAAGGUGGCGUAGCAGGACUCUAGCCUGUGUAACACUAAACCCCACCCUCUUAAACACUACGUUAUUGUGUUUCUCCUGAGCAAGUAUUGUUACUCCCAUUUUACAAAAUAAGUUGAAGUCCAAGGUGAACAUACAAAUGGUUCAGCUAAGCUUGGAAUCCCAAACACUAAACUCCAAUCUUCUGUUUGCUGUUAAGCCUGGGUGAUUCAGCUUGGUCCCUGUGACCGCUUUGGAUAUAUCUUGGACCAUUUUUGAGUGUUGUAGGAACUCUGAUCUUGUGAGGAGUAUGUAACCCAGCAAGGUGCAAUUAAUAGGACUGUUUUUAAAGAAAAUUGGGUCCUAGACUAGGAUUGCUGUUAUGAUAGGCGUUAGUGAAAACUAUAGAGCCAAGGAAGUUUUUAUACCUGUUCCAUUCAUUUUUAAAUCUUCUUCUACGUAAGGCUUGAAAAAGCAGACUAACUUACAAGGUCCUCUGAGAGCUGCUUUUUCAGUGUAAUGGGCUUCUUGCUAAGCUCUAUUCUAGAGCAAUCACAUGACAUGCAAGAUGUGAUCCUGCUACAUAAUAUCAAAUUUAUAACUCCUCUCUCUGUGGGCCAGACCUGGGUGAUAAACUUAACUGGCUGUAGUUAAUGAAGGUUAAAAAUUAAGUUUCCUUGAACUGCUAAGCUAAAUAGAAUAAAUGUACAUUAUUCCUUAGAUCAGACCUCUAUCUUGAUUCUGUCUUAGACUAAAUCAAAACACCAUCUCUGAUUUAAAAUUUCAGUAGUCAGUUGGUUAGAAUGUACUUUCCCAGAGUUUCUUCUGUUGAGGCUUUCCCAUGUUGGAAAUUUGUUCAGUCUGUAUGUCUAAUUUUAUUGUGAAAUAGCAGUUCCUCUCCAGGCUCUUCUUGUUGUAAUCUAUCCUACACCAUAGCAAGUUAUCCUUAACUGAAAAUAACCAUGUGCGCCUGCAGGGCCUCUAAGAAUCAGCUUCCUAAAGCCUCAGGUGCAACCUCAACUCAUGGCCAAGGCCUUCCAGAAUGGGCUUCCAGCUGGCCUCCCCCACAUCUGCUGGCCAAGAGAAGAAAGGUUAGAAGGACUCCAUGAAAGAUGACAGAAGAAGUUAUUGUGAUAGCCAAGUGGGACUACACUGCCCAGCAGGACCAGGAGCUGGACAUCAAGAAGAACGAGCGCUUGUGGUUGCUGGACGACUCCAAGACGUGGUGGCGGGUGAGGAACGCAGCCAACAGGACGGGCUACGUGCCGUCCAACUACGUGGAGCGGAAGAACAGCCUGAAGAAGGGCUCCCUCGUGAAGAACCUCAAGGACACUCUAGGCCUCGGCAAGACGCGCAGGAAGACCAGCGCGCGGGACGCGUCCCCCACGCCCAGCACGGACGCCGAGUACCCCGCCAACGGCAGCGGCGCCGACCGCAUCUACGACCUCAACAUCCCGGCCUUCGUCAAGUUCGCCUACGUGGCCGAGCGGGAGGAUGAGCUGUCCCUGGUGAAGGGGUCGCGCGUCACCGUCAUGGAGAAGUGCAGCGACGGCUGGUGGCGAGGCAGCUACAACGGGCAGAUCGGCUGGUUCCCCUCCAACUACGUGCUGGAGGAGACAGACGAGGCGGCCGCGGAGUCCCCGAGCUUCCUGAGCCUGCGCAAGGGCGCCUCGCUCAGCAACGGCCAGGGCGCGCGCGUGCUGCACGUGGUGCAGACGCUGUACCCCUUCAGCUCCGUCACCGAGGAGGAGCUCAACUUCGAGAAGGGAGAGACCAUGGAGGUGAUCGAGAAACCCGAGAACGACCCCGAGUGGUGGAAGUGCAAAAACGCCCGGGGCCAGGUGGGCCUCGUCCCCAAAAACUACGUGAUGGUCCUCAGUGACGGGCCGGCCCUGCACCCUUCCCACGUCCCGCAGAUAAGCUACACCGGGCCCUCGUCCAGCGGGCGCUUCGCGGGCCGAGAGUGGUACUACGGGAACGUGACGCGCCACCAGGCCGAGUGCGCCCUCAACGAGCGGGGCGUCGAGGGCGACUUCCUCAUUAGGGACAGCGAGUCCUCGCCCAGUGACUUCUCCGUGUCUCUGAAAGCGGCAGGGAAGAACAAACAUUUCAAGGUGCAGCUCGUGGACAAUGUCUACUGCAUUGGGCAGCGACGGUUCCACACCAUGGACGAGCUGGUGGAACACUACAAAAAGGCGCCCAUCUUCACCAGCGAGCAUGGGGAGAAGCUCUACCUCGUCAGAGCCCUGCAGUGACGUCGGUGCCCGCGGCCCUGCUGCCCACCAGCUCCAGGCUUCGGUGCCACUCACCUCCCCAGAGCCCAGCAGCCAGGUCGCCCCAGCAGCGCCACCCACCGGGGGCUCUGCGCAGAGGCUCUGCCCUGCCAGUGGGUCGUCCUGGUCGGCGGCCCCCUCUGCCUAGUCUAUCUUUCUGUUUGGGUUGGUUGGUCGGUCGGUUGGUCGGUCGGUUGGUUUCCCGUUGCCAUCCAGGCCCUCACGCCUCUGCUCCAGCCACCCCCCCAUCCCAGCCGGUUUUAGAGAAGGGGAGGGGACAGGGAUGAGCUCGUUCACUUUAUUCCUUUUCAAUUGGCAAUAGCGCUAGUCUGUUCAAAUUGUUCGUGCUAACAGAAGCCCUCGUUAAAAAGACACCGGGCGUGGCGGGAACACUCGGAAGCCGCACUUGGCAAGGGAGUGAGCCACAGUGUACUCCGAGCUUGGGGCUCUGUGCGUGCCAGGCAGCAGGCGCGAAGGCUCCCCGGUCCCAGCAACCCUUGUUCUGUGCCCUGUGCCCUUACGUGGCUCCCAGACUCUGCAGGGAGCAAGCGCGUGUGCUGAUAGCAAUACUGGAACCACCGGGGGAGACGGCGGCGAGGAAGCUGUCCAGUGCCUUUGGGGCUGUGCUUGCAAUAAAGAAAGGAUUUCCCUGAAAAGUCAGUCUGCAGAAGAGGAAACCAGUGACUCAGAAAGACAGAUGUUUUUCGUAAUUUACCCUCAUAUGUGCCAUCCACAUAGUGCUUUUUCCUCUUGCCCUUCGGCUUGUUUGAAUUUCACAAUUAUGUAUUUAAUUCUCAAAGAAAUAUGUAUCUGUAGCCGUUUAUUGACACUAAUACAGAUGAUUAAGGAAAACAGCUGAUCUUUGGGGAAGGGGCGCUACCAACACCUCACACACCCGCACAUACACACACACACACACACACACUCUCUCUAUAUAUAUAUAGAUUAUUUGCUUUACAGGGAAAUUUUCAGGGUUUACAAAAGAAUAUGUGAUUGGUAGUAAGAGACACACAGAAUGUUUAUGAAGAAAUUGCAUUUUCCUUUUCCUUUACAUUUGAACUUCUUUAUAGUUAAAAUAUACAGUUCUUGAGAUGGCACAUUCCUACAAUUGAAGAAGGGGUCUUGAGAUCCCCUAAACUUGCAUACCCAGUUUUUUUGGAUAUUGUAAUAAAAAAAAGUAUUAUGACAAG